UUUUUUUCAACAGAAGACAGAUCAUGGCGAUGAGAAGUGAGGCCAGGGUGGAGGCUGAGGUAGAGGAGGAAGAAAACUUUGGCCCACAGCCUCUUAGCAGACUGGAGCAAAGUGGCAUCAGCGCCAGUGACAUCAAGAAGCUGGAGGAUGCAGGCUUUCACACCAUUGAGGCGGUGGCCUACGCGCCCAAAAAGGAGCUGCUCAACAUCAAAGGGAUCAGUGAGGCCAAAGCUGAUAAGAUUCUGACUGAAGCUGCCAAACUGGUGCCCAUGGGCUUCACCACAGCUACCGAGUUCCACCAGAGGAGAGCUGAGAUCAUCCAGAUCUCCACAGGCUCCAAGGAGCUGGACAAGCUUCUGCAGGGUGGGAUUGAGACGGGCUCCAUCACAGAGAUGUUUGGAGAAUUUCGGACAGGAAAGACACAGUUGUGCCACACCCUCGCUGUCACCUGUCAGCUGCCCAUCGAUCAGGGUGGAGGAGAAGGUAAAGCCAUGUACAUCGACACAGAGGGCACCUUCAGACCAGAGAGGCUUCUGGCCGUAGCUGAGAGGUAUGGGCUUGUAGGGAGCGAUGUUCUGGACAAUGUGGCCUACGCCCGAGCCUUCAACACGGACCACCAGACACAGCUGCUGUACCAAGCCUCCGCCAUGAUGGCUGAGUCCAGGUACGCUCUACUGAUAGUGGACAGUGCCACAGCGCUGUACAGGACAGACUACUCCGGAAGAGGGGAGCUCUCGGCCAGACAAGGACAUCUGGGCCGCUUCCUUCGCAUGCUGCUGAGACUGGCAGAUGAGUUUGGCGUUGCCGUGGUGAUCACCAAUCAUGUGGCCCAGGUGGACGGGGCGGCCAUGUUCUCUGCAGAUCCCAAGAAGCCAAUCGGUGGCAACAUCCUGGCCCACGCCUCCACUACACGUCUGUACCUGAGGAAGGGCCGAGGAGAGACGAGGAUAUGCAAAAUCUACGACUCGCCCUGCCUACCGGAGGCCGAAGCCAUGUUCGCCAUCAAUGCAGACGGAGUGGGUGACGCCAAGGACUGAGCGGGCGCCGCCACAGGAAACAGCAAUGAGAGAGAUGUGGACUGUCGUGCCCUUUGACUGUGGGACUACAAUGAUCCUCAUGUGAUAUUCAGCCACAACACUGCCUUCAUGUAAUACCUUAGAUUAUUGGUAAAACAAGACGGGAAGGCCACUGAGUUUGGGUUGUGUAUGAUUUUGAGUUGGCUCGUCGCUGAGUAAAGCAGAACUGACAAUGUAAAAAUACGGCCAAGGGCGAAGGCUGAGGCUUUUGGAGCUGUUUUGUUUCGUUUACGUGUCUGAAAACUGGGCAGUUUCCCCCAUCGAGUGGUCACAAGAAAAAUAUUAAUUUUGCAGUAAGUUUUAAUAUAAUUUCUCAUUUGAUUUGUCUUGUUGUAUGUGUUAAGUUGUUUCUUUUUGGGCUGUCUGGCAUCAUUAUUAUCAUCACUUGUUUGUUUAUGCUGAAACUGCUGAUGUAACAAGUGGCAUAAAAUUAUUUCACAAGUACGGCAUUCCCACUGGGUUAAUGUGCUCUAAUGUAAUUGGAAAGUUGAUGGAAAGGGAUGCUCUCACCUGUUGCCGUGCCACUCUACGGUCUUCCUCGUGUUUGUCCUUAACAGCAUUAUUCUUUCUGUAUAUAAGCUUUACAAUAAAUUUGUUUUAUCAUUGGAAUAA